AUGGCAGCAGCAAGAAUGCGAAGAUGGGCUUUUAUUAUGACUGGUUUUAACUAUAAAAUAGAGUAUGUUAAAGGACAUUUAAAUCAUGCUGAUAAUCUUUCACGUAUUCCGCAGACGCAUUAUGAUGAAACUAUGAAUGACAACCAUGACGACGAUGAAAGCUAUAUAUAUAGUAUUCAAGAGCAAUCUCAUUUAAAUCUAAAUUUUAAAAAUAUAGCACAACAAACUAGACGUGAUCCAAUUCUUUCAAAAGUAUCUGAUGCUGUUUUAAAUGGAACAAUUAACAAUUUAAAAGGAAAUCAGUUUACGUCAUUUACUACCAAGAGUAUAGAAUUAACAGUUGAUCGUGGAUGUCUACUUUGGGGGUAUAGAAUUGUUAUUCCUCAAAAACUUAGACAGAGUGUUUUACACAAAUUACAUGAAUCUCAUUUAGGAGUUGUCAAAACCAAAUCUAUAGCUAGAUCUUAUGUCUGGUGGCCAAAUAUAGAUGUUGAUGUAGAAAAUUUGAUCAAAACUUGCAUUCCAUGUCAAGAACUUUUAGCAAGCCCAGAAAAGAGCACUUUAAUACCGUGGACUCCAACUGAUACUAUAAAAAUGGAGGACGGAGCACCAGCUAAUAAAAAAAAAAGGUUGCAGCCGCACAAGAAGUGGACGGAGCGAGAAGUGCUCCAAAUAAUAGAAUUUCUGGAGGAGGAAGCAGAAUUUGAGACUCCAACUGCACAAUUUUUUUAUAAAAAAUUUUUAGAAAAGACUCAGUUGGAUGCAACGUGGGACCUUGUACGGUGGAAGGUACGGCAUCUAAAGGCGCAGUAUCGAAAAGCGAACGACUGGCUUGCCGCAACUGGCGCAGGACUGUUAAAUGAAUCGGACGGCAGUACUAUUGACGGUUAG